AUGGUAGUGGAUCCGAGGCAGUUGGAGAAGUGGGCACUGGAGACUGACAUCCGAGCACUGCUGGGAUUAGAUCGUGACGAUUCUAAGUACGGGGUGCAGCAGUCUGGUCCGCCAGCUAGAGAGGCUCAGUGUUACCUUCUUUUGCUGCUUGGGUCCACACUAAUCGUAGAUAAGAUGUUGGAUUUACGACCACUUUCCUACCUUGAGGCCUAG